AUGGUUACUCACAAAACCACAGUCGUCCUCUUGGGCCUCACUGUUGCCAUUUCCCUACUUUUAUGUUCUACAGCACUUCCAGCAAUCAUUCCACUAGAGUUCCCGUCUUCUGUAGAGACUGACCAAAAUCCAAACGACUCUACCGAUUUCUCGUAUCCAGCCCAAGGUCCAAUCAUACGAUCGGACUCCUCGCUCAAGCAAAUACCAACAGCAGUAAGCUCACGUUCGAGUUUCAAAUCACUACGACCUCGCAGACACAGUGCAGAGAGCUAUCCUUUCUCACCAACGCUCCGAAGCACCCGCGACCAAAUUCUCCACCAAUGCACGACUCACUUCUUGGAACUUCUCGACUCUAAAGUCUCUGGUGCGCUGGUCUCAAGGUUAUCAAGACUUCUUAUGAUGCUGCCCAUAGCCGACAUUGAGGCUAGGGUGUUUAUGAGAGCGAAGCUUGUCCAGGUGAUGCAGCAGGCCUCGGAUCGAUUGAGGGAUUAUGAAGCGAUUCAGCGUGUUAUUCGAAUGGCCGUUGAUGAUGCGGGGUUGUUACCUGUGGACGAUGGCUAUAAUGUUGCGCGUGUAAGCAGGAAAGGCGGAUGGGACGGGUUCCAGAGAAUUCAGUACAAGGACUCGAACGAGUCGAGCGAUAACGACAGCGCCAACAACAAUAGCUCAGACGGAAUUAAUGAGGAUGAAGAAAAUGAUAUGGAGGAAAACAAGGAGAAAGCGACGGUCUGGUUCCGGCUACCACCUGCACUCAAGUCAUCACGCCCAGGCACAAGGAGUACUGAGCUGGACGAAAGUCAGAUCCCCAUCGUGACUGAGGUGGCUAUGGAAGCCGUGAUCAGCUACAUGUCAGAGGUCUUAACCCCUGUCCUUAUUAGCCACCAACUGGCGGAGGCGAUCCAAAUCACACUCAGUCACAUUAAUAAACUGAAUCUAUUGAGCGACGACUGGAUGUGGUCUUCCCCUUCGAUCCUAGAUGGACCUGGCGUCGCUGCAAAGGAUGGCGAGGCAGAUUCAGGAUCAAGAGGUCAGGAUCGUGAGCUCUGGGACCAAGAAAUGGAAACUCAUAACUGGGGCAGCACCGGACAUCUGUUCGAUGACUUUGAGAAUACAAAAGACAAGGACGGCAUGGAGAUGGAUACUGGUAGCAAAGAUGAGGAUACGGCACGAGAUGACGAGGAGGAGGACAACCUGAACCAUCUCAUAGUAGGGACUCAGGAAGAGGAUGAUUUUAUGCUAGACGAGUUUGAGGACGAUCCCAUGGACAGCGGCGAGAAUUACGAACGUGGCAGAUCCACGCCGAGCGGUAGUGGCUACUUUAAUCGGCCUCAAGAGCGCAGUCUUCCUGAAGAGCACACUGUCCAGGAUCGGGAAGCCGCCGAGAUCUCAGCAAAAGGAACCUCAUCUUUUGGAAACACCUCGACCGCCAAGAAAAGUUGCUCUGUUUAUUUGAGCAAACGCCGCCCAGAUUUUACUCUAGACCCACGGCUGAAGAUAUUGCUCGCACAGCGGAUCGAGCCGUUGUUGACCGCGUUUAUUGACGAAGACUUCCCGGCCAGCUGUAAGCGGGCCCAGGGAGAGCUCAUGGAUGCGAUCAUCUGGUCCCUUGACCAGAGUGAGUCCAGAGACAUUGCCAGUAGCGAGCAGGGCCAACUAGCUCUUCUAUCGGAGUUCGAGUACUGA